AUGGAAGGAUCCAUCGAAGCUGUCGCUCCUGCUAAAGAAUUAAGCACUGAGCCCGAAACUGAGUGUUUGAAACAAAAUGGUGCUUCUGAAGAGCCAGUUGUAUCCACAAAUGGAAGUGGUGAUGAUCAAAAGAGGAAAUCUAUAGAAGGUGUCGGUGAUCAUGCUGAAAGCAAAAAAUUGAAAACAUGUCACAAGGAUGAUGAGGAGGGUGAUGAGGAAGAUGAUGAGGAGGAGGAAGAUGACAGCAAAGAUGACGGAGAGAAGGAAUCGGCUGAGGAAACAAAUGAAGAAUGUGAGAAAGUUGACAAAGAAAAUGUUCCUGAGUCUGAAGACAAAUCAGCAAAGACAUUAGAGGAGCCAGUGGCUGCCUCAACUGGUGACACUGAAGACCAGGAAGCAACAUGUUGA